GAGUUCUAGAUUUACAGAAGUUAUCACAUUACAAAAGUUUGAGCAAGAGGUUCUAUUGUAAAAGAUUUCAACAUGGUUAGGAAUCUAUAUUUUCAUAAGACUGUUAAGGCAGUAAAUCUCUAGAGCUGACUAAUAAUCAAGCUUGUCACCCUUAAUUAUAUUUUACUUUUGCAAUCUGACUAUAUUAUGUGGUCUUCAAACAUCAAUUAUUGGCUCCAUUUGAUUUACUCUGUUUUAUAUUUUUUUAUAGGUUUUGGCGUUUUGCAAGUGUUUGAAAAGAAUUUGAGUCAAGUGGAACUUUCAAUCUCGAUUCAUCGGAGGUUAAAAUAGAAUGUCUGGUCAAAUUGAUUCUAAUUUUGAGGAUGAUGUUGAUUUUGUGCCAUCAACUACAAAUGAAGUACAAUCUGUUAGCAAUACAGUAGAUGAAACUCAGAAUCAGAGAAAAAGAACUUCUCGUGCAUGGGAUCAUUUCACACGGGAAAAAAUUGAUGGAAAAAUUAAAGCAGUUUGCAAGUAUUGCGAGCGUAAGCUGGUGGGAGAAAGUUCUAGUGGGACUAGGCAUUUAAAUUCUCACGUGAAAACGUGUCCUGUAAGAAAGGCCCAACUUGCCGCCAAUCCUAGUGCAACUGCAAGCCCUUCGGUUUCUUUUAAUUUUGAUCCUGAUUUAGCAAGGACCAAAUUGGCUCAAAUGAUCGUUAAGCACGAAUAUCCCUUGUCUAUGGUUGAGCAUAGCGGGUUUAUAGAAUAUUCAAGCACUUUAUGUCCCAUGUUUCAAAUGGUGUCAAGGAAUACAAUUAGGUCAGACAUUAUGAAAAUGUAUAAAACUGAGAAAGAAAAGUGCAGGCAAAAUUUGGAAAAAAGUAGGAGCAGAAUAGCCAUAACCAGUGACAUGUGGACUGCAAAUCAUCAGAAGAGGGGAUAUAUGGCUGUAACAGCUCAUUUUAUUGAUGAUUCUUGGAACUUACACAGUCAGAUAUUGAGUUUUAAGUAUGUUCCGUGUCCUCACGAUGCUCCAGCACUACUUGAGGCCUUAAGAUCUUGUCUUAAUGAUUGGAAAAUAGAAGACAAGAUCAGUACAGUGACUCUCGAUAACUGCAUCGCCAAUGAUUCCAUGAUUGAUCUUUUGAAAGGACAAUUUGAGCCUGACAGUUUUAUUUUGAAGGGAAAGUUGCUACAUGUGCGUUGUUGUGCACAUAUUUUAAAUCUAAUUGUCAAAGAAGGCUUAUCUGUCAUUGGUGAUAGUGUUGACAAAAUUCGAGACAGUGUUGCUUAUUGGUCGGGCACACCAAAAAGACAUGAAAAAUUUGAAGACACUGCUCGUCAACUUGGAGUACCAUACACCAAAAAAAUAUCACUUGAUUGUGUAACGAGGUGGAAUUCAACUUUUCUAAUGCUUAGCACAGCUUUAUCCUACAAGACAGUAUUUGAACGUGCAAGGCUGCGGGAGUUGCGUUUGAGGUGUGCCCCUUCAGAAAUUGAUUGGCAAAAUGCUCAACAAUUGUGUGAUAAGUUAGAGUUGUUUCAUGAAGUAACCGAAUUAAUUUCUGGAACAAAGUACCCUACCGCCAAUAUUUUUUUCCAAAAAUAUGUGAAAUUAAGACCAACAUUCAAUCAUGGAUGUUAUCAGAGGUGCCUUUUAUUAAGGACAUGGCAACUCAAAUGA